CAAAGUAUGACUUCGAGUUUUCCUGCUUCCAAUACAUCCAUGAGAUCUGAGAGGAAUACAUAUGUUGGAAAAGGUUUUGUUCAUGUUAAAAAUCCUUACCUGGACUCUAUGGAUGAAGAUGUUCUCUAUCACUUGGAUUUAGGAACAAAAACACACAACCUACCAGAAAUGUUUGGGGAUGUAAAGUUUGUCUGUGUUGGUGGAAGCCCUAACAGAAUGAAAGCAUUUGCAGUGUUUAUGCACAAGGAGCUCAGAUUGGAAGACAGUGAAGAGGAUGUCAAGAACAUCUGCGCCGGGACUGACAGAUAUUGUAUGUACAAAAUUGGUCCCGUGCUCUCUAUCAGUCAUGGCAUGGGCAUCCCCUCCAUUUCUAUUAUGCUUCAUGAACUCAUUAAAUUACUGUACCAUGCCCGGUGCUGUGAUGUUACCAUUAUCAGAAUUGGUACAUCAGGGGGAAUAGGGAUUGCACCGGGGUCUGUUGUAAUAACAGAUAGAGCCGUAGACUCCUUUUUUAAGCCCCAGUUUGAACAGGUAAUCUUGGACAAUGUUGUCACCAGAAGUACUGAACUUGACAAAGAACUGGCUGAGGAACUAUUCAACUGUAGCAAAGAAAUUCCCGACUUCCCAACCCUCAUUGGACAUACGAUGUGUACCUAUGAUUUUUAUGAAGGCCAGGGUCGACUUGAUGGAGCGCUGUGCUCCUUUUCCAGAGAAAAGGGGUUAGAUUACUUGAAAAGAGCAUAUAAUGCCGGCAUCAGGAAUAUCGAAAUGGAAUCUACGGUGUUUGCGGCCAUGUGUAGACUUUGUGGUCUAAAAGCUGCUGUGGUCUGUGUGACACUUCUCAACAGACUUGAAUGUGACCAGAUCACCUCUCCCCAUGAUGUUCUGGUGGAGUACCAGAAACGGCCUCAGCUCCUAAUCUCCAGAUUCAUCAAACGGCGGCUUGGACUUCGUGACCAGACAUCAUAG